AUGGGUGGCUUCGUCGCAGCUGACGCGCUCUUCCUCACCCUCAAGGACCGCCCCUCCGACAGCGAGACCUUGUUUCCGCUCAUACAGGGCAUCCUCACCUUUGACACGCCGUACAAUGGUCUUGCGCGCUCCAUGUUUGUCUAUGGCGCGUUCAGCAACUACUCAAAGGUAUCCAGCGUGUUCAACGCCAUGACGGCCCUGUCCGCUGCCGCUCCCGCCUCCCUGGCGCGCCUCUCUCGCAACAGGAACGCAACAGCGGCAACAGCGGCCAGCGCGAGCUCCUUCUCCGGUAGUUCCACGGCCUGGCAGCUCAUUGCUGUCCGGACUGGCACGGUGGGCGCCAUUGCUGCCGGUGGCGUUGCCGCGUAUGUGCACCGCGAAGCGAUCAUGAAGGGUGUCAAGAACAUGCGGAACCUGAAGAAGGAAGAUGUUGUGGAUGGGUACAAUCAGAGCAUCGAGUCACUGGGCCAGGGUCUAGCGUACAUCAACCGUGGCAACGUGGGACGGUCUUUCGCCUGGCUGUCCGAUCACUUCACAUUCGUGGGGUCGCUCCUCAAACCGAAGGAGCUCAGCCAGCGACUGGAUCGCCUCGCUGCCCUAGAGGGCGUUGGCGUUCACGAUUUCUACGUGUCCAUGGGCGAGAACGGGUACUGGAGCGGCGGGUAUUUCGUCCCAGAGCGCAUGUUCUGCGCAGUGCCCGAGGGCGACCAUCCUGCUGCCAUAUUGUUUGAGAGAAUCGUGCUGCGCGAUGCGGAAGACGAGGUUGGCGCGCAUGUGAGCAUGUUCCGCCCGCAGAAGAACAGGGCAUACGAAAACAUGACGGAUCGUGCGGCUGAGCUGGUGAAGGAGUGGUUCCUCAGCGACAAGACGAUUGUGGAUGCCGGAUAUCCCGAGGACGAGACCGACAAGUCCGAGGAUAAGGCUGUCGACGAGGCAAUCAAAAAGGCAGAGCACGCCGACGCCGACGCGGAGGACAAGGCUAAGGAGGUUGCGGAGAAGGACGAUGGGGGUAUGCCGGAUGAGUCACCCAUCGACAUUGCCAACGCGGCUGCGCUCGUGCCGCUUCCAGGGGGCGGGGACAAUUUGACUGCGGACCCCGAGGCAGACACCGACGAGAAGAGGACCUACAUGCAACACCUCUUCCAAGUCGCCGAGCAGGCUGGCUCUGGUGUGAGAGGGUGGAUGCCGACUAAGGUGCCUGAAAUGCCCAGUAUCGGGAUGCCAACGGCAGUGUCGAAUCUGGGCAAGGGGGUGCAGAUGCCGAGCAUUUGGGGGAAGAAGGGAGACAAGGCAUCAGGAGAAGCUAACAAGGCCGCUGAUGCUCAGGAGACAACGAAAGAGGGAGGCGAGUCGGCUGAACCCACUCAAGCAACGGGGCAAGUCGAGGGUAGCAAGGAGAAGGGCGAGGCUGAUGUUGAAAUGACUGAAGCAGAGCAGAAGCCCGAGGCAAGAUCUUAA